AUGACGGACAAGCGAAAUGAAGAUUCAGUAGCUGACUGUAGGAGGCAUGCUGAGGGUGCAUUUAGGAAAGCAAGUCAUCCUCAAAUAUUACGGCAUGCCCGUGGAAAUGCCACAAAGGUGAUAUUUCUCAUUACGGAUGGAUAUUCCAAUGGGGGAGACCCAAGACCCAUUGCAGCAUCAUUGCGUGAAUUUGGAGUGGAGAUCUUCACCUUCGGGAUAUGGCAGGGGAACAUCCGAGAACUGAAUGACAUGGCAUCCCAUCCAAAAGAAGAUCACUGUUACCUUCUUCACAGUUUUACUGAGUUUGAAGCUCUGGCACGCAGGGCUCUUCAUGAAGACCUGCCCUCUGGCAGCUAUAUCCAAGAAGAUAUAUCGCAUUGUUCAUAUCUCUGUGAGGCAAAUGAAAACUGCUGCGACAUCAUGGCAAGCUGUAAAUGUGGCACUCACACUGGCCAGUUUGAGUGCAUCUGUGAAAAAGGAUACUAUGGGAAGGGACUACAACAUGAAUGCACAGCUUGUCCGCCAGGAACAUAUAAGCCUGAAGGUUCACCAGGCGGAAUCAGCACUUGCAUCUCAUGUCCCGAUGAGAAUCAUACCUCUCCACCAGGAAGUACCUCCAUUGAGGACUGUACAUGCCGGGAGGGAUAUCAUGCUGUAGGACAAACCUGUGAAGUUGUUCACUGCCCUGAACUGAAGGCCCCUGAAAAUGGUUACUUUGUCCAGAAUGUCUGCAACAAUUACUUUAAUGCUGCCUGCGGGAUCCGAUGCAAAGCAGGAUUUGAUCUUGUGGGAAGCAGCAUCCGGCUUUGUCAGCCAAAUGGCCAAUGGUCUGGAUCAGAGGCUACUUGCAGAGUUCGAACAUGUCCCAAACUUCGGGCUCCUGAAAAUGGACACAUUAAUUGUUCAACAGCUGAUAUCGCCUAUAAGACAGUAUGUUUUGUCACCUGCAAUGAGGGCUAUGAAAUAGAAGGAAACACCAAACUCACCUGCCAGGGAACGUCACAGUGGGAUUCAAAGGAGCCCAAGUGUGUGGAAAUGCGUUGCCCCAUCCUCCAGAUGCCAGCAGGUGUAACAGUUCUCCCUCCCAGAUGUGGGCUGGAGCCUGCCACUUCUGGGACUGUGUGCCAGCUGAGCUGUCCCCAAGGAUUCAUCUUGUCUGGAGCCAGAGAAGAACUAAGGUGCAUUUCAUUUGGGAGAUGGAGUGCAAACAUCCAGGAGGCUCUGUGUAAAGAUAUUGAAGCUCCUCGGAUCCACUGUCCAGACAAUAUUGAGACUGAGACUCUGGAACAUCAUAACUCUGCUAAUAUCAGCUGGCAGGUACCAACAGCUGAGGAUAACUCUGGAGAUGAGGUCUCAGUUCACGUUACCCCAGCUUUCAUACCACCGUUUCUUCUCCCAAUUGGUGAAAUUGCCAUUACUUAUACAGCGGCUGAUAAGUCGGGCAAUGAGGCAAGCUGUACAUUCAGCGUGAAGGUUAUUGAUGCAGAACCUCCUGUAAUUGACAGAUGCAGAUCUCCGCCACCCAUGCAAGCACUGGAGAAUGAGCACCCAGCAACAUGGGAAGAGCCACAAUUUUCAGACAACUCAGGUGCUCCACUGACUGUCAUGAGGAGUCACGUACCUGGAGAUCUCUUUCCCAAAGGAGAGACAACAGUUCAAUACACAGCCGUGGAUCCCUCUGGCAAUAACAGGACAUGUGAGAUCCACAUUGUCGUCAAAGGUUCUCCUUGUGAAAUCUCCUUUGAGCCUGUGAAUGGUGAUUUUACAUGCACAUCAGAUGAAGCAGGAGUUAAUUGCACAUUGCACUGUGCAGAGGGUUAUAGCUUUUCAGAAGGAUCAAGUGAAAACUAUUAUUGUGCAUAUGAGGAUGGUGUCUGGAAGCCGCCUUAUUCUCCAGAGUGGCCUGGCUGCUCUUUAAAUCGUUUUGCAAACCAUGGGUUCAAAUCCUUUGAGAUGCUCUACAAAGCAACACGAUGUGAUGACAACAAUCUUCUAAAUAGCUUUACUGAUGCAUUCCAGAGUGCGCUUGGUAAAAUGGUCCCAUCAUUCUGUAAUGAUGUUGAUGACAUUGACUGCAGAUUGGAAGAUCAGACACAGAAACAUUGUUUGGAAUAUAAUUACGAUUACGAAAAUGGAUUUGCCAUUGGACCUGCUGGCUGGGGGGCAGCAAACCAGCUGGAUUAUUCCUAUGAUGAUUUUGUUGAUGUAGCACAAGAAGACUUAUCCAAGCAUCUCUCUGCCUCUGUAAAGGCAGCACCUGCUCGAGUCAAAAGGCAUAAGUUGAAUGUUCCAAUGACCGACCACAAAAUCAAGUUAAUAUUUAACAUCACAGCUAGCGUGCCACUGCCUGAUGAAAGGAAUGAUACAUUGGAACUGGAAAACCAGCGACGGCUCCUUAAAACUCUGGAGACAAUCACGAACAGGCUGAAUAGGACUCUCAAUAAGGAACCCAUGUAUUCUUUUCAGUUUGCAUCCGAACUCAUUGUAGCUGACAGCAACUCACUGGAGACCGAGAAGGCCUUUCUUUUCUGCAGGCCUGGUUCUGUGCUGAGAGGGAGAAUGUGUGUCAACUGCCCUUUGGGUACCUAUUACUCCCUGGAGCAUCAUACCUGUGAAAGCUGCUGGACUGGAUCCUACCAAGAUGAGGAAGGGCAGCUGGAAUGCAAAAGUUGUCCAUCUGGUAGCUAUACUGAGUAUCUGCACUCCAGGAGCAUCUCUGAAUGCAAAGCUCAGUGCAAGCAGGGAACAUAUUCACCUAAUGGUCUUGAGACCUGUGAAACAUGUCCACUUGGCACAUAUCAGCCAGCAUUUGGAUCCAGGAAUUGCAUCUCUUGCCCGGAAAAUACAUCAACAGUAAAAAGAGGCGCAGUGGAUGUCUCAUCUUGUGGAGUACCAUGUCUUGCAGGCGAGUUCUCUCGUACAGGUUUAACGCCUUGCUACCCUUGUCCCAGAGACUACUAUCAACCAGACCCGGGAAAGUCCUACUGCUUGUCUUGUCCCUUUUAUGGAACAACAACUGUCAUUGGUGCCAGAUCCAUCACAGAUUGUUCAAGUUUUGGCUCUACUUUUUCAGCAGCUGAGGAAAGUGUUAUGAUGGUACCAGCCUCUCCAGAAAAUAUCAGCAAGCAGUACAAAGUCAGCAGUCAGGUCUUUCAUGAGUGUUUCCUGGAACCGUGCCACAACAAUGGGACAUGCAAACAGUUGGGAAGUGGAUAUAUUUGCAUAUGCCCACUUGGAUAUACAGGCUUGAAAUGUGAAACAGAAGUUGAUGAGUGUAAAUCAUCUCCUUGUCGCAACAAUGGAAUGUGCAAAGAUGGCAUUGGGACCUUUGUUUGCCAUUGUCAACCAGGCUAUUCAGGUCUUUUGUGUGAGGAAGACAUAAAUGAAUGUAGCUCCAGUCCGUGUUUGAAUGGAGCCCACUGUGUUGACGGCAAGAACAGUUACCGCUGCACUUGUGCAAAAGGAUUCACAGGUGCUCACUGUGAAACGGAGGUCAAUGAAUGCCUUUCAAACCCGUGUCUUAAUAGGGCUAUUUGUGAAGAUCGAGUUGGAAGUUUCUCCUGCAAGUGCCUCCCAGGUUUUAGUGGUGUCUUGUGUGAAAGAAACAUCGAUGAGUGUCUCAGCAGACCCUGUAGGAAUGGAGCUACGUGCAGAGAUGGUAUCAACAGCUUCAGGUGUCUGUGUGUGACAGGGUACACCGGACUAAACUGUGAAGUGAACAUCAAUGACUGUGACUCCAGUCCCUGCUUAAACCAAGCCACCUGUGUGGAUGCCUUGAACUCGUACGUUUGUAAAUGUCCUCCUGGCUUUACAGGCAGCAGGUGUGAAACAGAACAGUCCUCUGGUUUCAAUCUUGAUUUUGAAGUGUCUGGUAUCUAUGGAUACGUCAUGCUUGAUGGUGUUUUCCCAUCUCUUGGUGACAUCACCUGUACAUUCUGGAUGAAAUCCACUGACAGCACAAACUAUGGGACUCCCAUUUCUUAUGCAGUGGAGAAUGGAAGUGAUAAUGCAUUUCUUCUGACUGAUUACAACGGCUGGGUUCUUUAUGUAAAUGGGAAAGAGAGGAUCACAGACUGUCCUUCAGUGAACGAUGGUAACUGGCAUCACAUUGCGGUCACAUGGACAUGCACAGAUGGGGCAUGGAAAGUGUACAUCGAUGGAAAACUGUCUGAUGGGGGCAGUGGGCUGUCUGUUGGCUCAAAAAUCCCUGGUGGUGGUGCACUUGUACUGGGUCAAGAGCAAGAUCAGAAAGGAGAAGGAUUCAACCCAGCUGAAUCUUUUGUGGGCUCCAUCAGCCAGCUCAACAUUUGGGACCAUGUCUUGUCUCCACAGCAGGUAAAAUCUCUGGCUACAUCCUGUCCAGAAGAACUCCAAAAAGGAAAUGUACUAGCCUGGCCGGAUUUCCUGCCAGGAGUUGUUGGAAGAGUGAAGAUAGAUUACAAGAGUAUAUUUUGUGCUGACUGUCCGUCUUUGCAAGGAUCCAUACCACAUCUGCGGGCCUCUUCUGCUGAUUUAAAGCCGGGGUCAAAAGUGAGCCUUUCCUGUGACCCAGGCUUCCAGAUAGUGGGAAACUCUGUUCAACACUGCCUUAACCUGGGACAGUGGACACGGCCUUUUCCCCGCUGUGAAAGAAUCAGCUGUGGAGUGCCUCCACCUUUAGAAAAUGGAUUUUAUUCAGCUGAGGACUUUUUUGCUGGCAGUACUGUUACCUAUCACUGCAACAAUGGCUACUAUUUGUUGGGCGACUCCAGAAUGUUGUGCCUGGACAACGGGAACUGGAACAGCAUUUCACCAUCUUGCCUUGAUGUUGAUGAAUGUGCUGUUGGAUCAGACUGUGAUGAGCAUGCAUCUUGUCUUAACACAAAUGGAUCCUAUGUUUGCACUUGCAUCCCUCCUUACACAGGAGAUGGUAAAAAAUGUGCAGAACCAGUGAAGUGCCGUAAUCCAGGAAAUCCAGAGCAUGGCCAUUUAUAUGGGGACACUUACAGUGUUGGCAGUGAAGUAACAUUUUCCUGUGAAGAAGGGUUUCAGCUGACAGGAGUGGCUAAACUUACAUGCAUGGAGUCUGGAGAGUGGAACCACCCAAUACCAUAUUGUGAAGCUAUAUCCUGUGGUGGUCCAGUUAUUCCAGAGAACAGUGCCAUUUUGGGCUCAAAUUUUACAUACCACAAUAAGGUGGUGUACAGAUGCAAUGAUGGAUACAACUUAGUGGGUGAAAAGGAAAUUCUGUGCCUUGCUAGUGGCGAGUGGAAUCAUUCUCCCCCCUCCUGUGAAAUGGUGACUUGUCCUAUCCCACAGGAUAUCAGCAAUGGAAAAUACACACUCACUGGCACAACCUACCUUUCCUCUGUAUCAUACACCUGUGACAAUGGAUACAGCCUUCAGGGACCUUCUGUACUUGUCUGUGCAUCUUCAGGGAACUGGAACAGCACACCUCCAGCUUGCAACAUUGUCUCUUGUGGAUCCCCUCCUGCCAUCAAAGAUGCGGUCAUCGAUGGAAAUAACUUUACUUUUGGAAACACGGUCUCUUACACGUGUAAGGAAGGUUACACGUUAGUUGGCCCUGCAACCAUAGAGUGCUUAGCCAGCGGCGAGUGGAAUGUGAGCCACCAGCAGUGCCUGGCAGUAUCCUGUGAUGAACCACCCCAUGUGGAAAAUGCAUCACCAGAGAAUGGCCACCGCCUCUUUGGUGAUAUAGCUUAUUAUUUCUGCUCGGAUGGCUAUAGCCUGGCUGAUAACUCUCAGCUGCUUUGCAAUGCAGAAGGGAAGUGGGUGCCUCCAGAGGGCAGGGAAAUGCCCCACUGCAUAGCUGAUUUCUGUGAAAAGCCAUCCACCGUCUCAUACAGCAUCCUGGAGUCCAUUAGUAAAGCCAGGUUUGCAGCUGGCUCCAUCGUGAGCUUCAAGUGCAUGGAAGGCUUUGUUCUGAACACUUCGGCCAAGAUCGAGUGCCUUCGAGGGGGCCAGUGGAAUCCUUCUCCUUUGAGCAUCCAGUGCAUCCCUGUUCGCUGCGGAGAGCCUCCCCACAUUAGCAAUGGCUAUGCCAGUGGGGCCAACUACAGCUUCGGAGCAGUGGUGGCUUACAGCUGCAACAAGGGGUUCUACAUCAAGGGAGAGAAGAAGCGGACCUGUGAGGCUACUGGCAACUGGAGUGGCAGUUUGCCCACAUGCCACCCAGUGUCCUGUGGAGAACCACCACAGCUUGAGAAUGGCUUUAUUAAGGAAACAACUGGACGCUUCUUUGAGAAUCAGGCAAUUUAUCAGUGUGAGUCUGGCUACCAGCUGGUUGGUAGCUCAGUGUUUAUCUGCCAAGCCAAUCGGCAAUGGUACAGUGAAUCAACUCCUUACUGUGUUCCCCUCAGCUGUGGAAAACCACCACCCAUCCAGCAUGGCUACUCCAAGGGAGAAACUUUUGAUAUGGGCUCCAAAGUUGAGUUUUUCUGUGAUGAGGGGUAUGAGCUGAUUGGAGAUGUUUCUUGGACGUGUCAGAAGUCUGGGAAAUGGAGCAAAAAGCAAAGCCCGAAGUGUGUGCCAACAAAAUGUCCAGAACCACCCUUGGCAGAAAACCAGCUGGUCUUGAGGGAAGUGACUUACCAAGUCGGUGUUGUACAGUUCUCCUGCAAGGAGGGUUAUGUUUUGCAUGGCUCCUCUGUACUGAAAUGCUUGCCCUCCCAACAGUGGAAUGAUUCCUUUCCCUUCUGCAAGGUUGUACAGUGUCCUGCACCUCCAUACAUUCCCUUUGGUGACCCCUUGACUUCAUCCCUUCAUUUUGGUAGCACUGUGAAAUACAUCUGCGUGGAUGGGUUUUUACUGAAGGGUGAGUCUACCAUCAGAUGCCAGGCUGAUGGCUCAUGGAGCUUGCCUUUGCCAGAAUGUAUACCUGUGGAGUGCCCCCAACCAGAAGAAAUUCAGAAUGGCAUUGUUGAUGUGCAGGGCCUCACCUUCCUUAGCACAGCCCUCUAUACAUGUAAACCAGGCUUCGAACUGGUGGGAAACACAACUAUCCUCUGUGGAGAAGAUGGCCAAUGGCUUGGAGGAAGGCCAGCUUGCAAACCUAUUCAGUGCCCAAGGCCUAAGAAGAUCCUCAAUGGAAAAUACUCACUCACAAACUUCCAUUAUGGGCAGACUGUAAGGUAUUCCUGUGACAGAGGUUUCCAGCUCCAAGGGGAGGAAACACUGAGAUGCCUAGAGACAGGGGAGUGGAGUACCGAGGUUCCCUCCUGCAAAGCCAUAAAUUGCCAGCCCCCUCAGCCCAUCGAGAAUGGCUUUGUGGAGGGUGCAGAUUAUAGCUAUGGGGCCAUGGUCAUUUACAGCUGCGUGCCAGGCUUCCAGCUGUCUGGCCUUGCCAUGCAAACCUGUGAAGAAUCGGGCUGGUCUAGCUCCACGCCAGCCUGCCUCCCAACAGACUGUGGCCUGCCUCCUCACAUUGACUUUGGGGAGUACGCGCAGGUGAGACAUGGGGAGAGACGUUCUGACCAGGAGAGUGUUACAGAAGGUCCCUCCCUUUCGCAUAUGUUACUGGCUGACAAUUUGAAAGACUUCAAAAGUAAGGAGGACAGUGCAAUGCAGCUCACCACUUUCUUAUUUGGAACUAUAAUUUUAUACACAUGUUACUCUGGCUACGAGCUGCUGGGAAACCCUGUUCUAGCUUGCCAAGAAGAUGGGGCUUGGAACGGCACUGCCCCUGCCUGCGUUUCAAUAGAGUGCAGCUUGCUGUCACCCCCAGAGAAUGGUUUUUUACAUUUCACUGAGAACACACUCGGUAGCGCAGUGCAGUACACCUGUAAGCCAGGGUUCACACUUGUUGGCUCCGACACACGACUGUGUUUGCCAAGUCGGCAGUGGAGUAACGCCGCUCCAUACUGCAAAGCAAUAACGUGCAACUCACCUACGCAGCUUAUGAAUGGGAACAUAAGAGGGGAAAACUACACAUAUGGCAGUGUUGUCUACUAUGAGUGUGAUCCUGGAUACCAGUUAAAUGGCCCCACAGAGAGGAGAUGCCAAGAGAACCAGAAAUGGGAUGGCAGUGAACCAAUUUGCAUUCCUGUUUCCUGCAGCCCACCACCAGUUUUGGAGAAUGGUCAGGUGACUGGAGAGGAGUACACGUUCCAGAGACAUACAGAGUACAGCUGCAACGAAGGCUUCGUGUUAGAUGGGGACAGGAGUAGAGUCUGCCUUGCAAACGGAAGCUGGAGUGGAAUCGCUCCAGUCUGCAAAGCUGUGACCUGCCCUGUGCCGCUGCCUCUUCCCAAUGGGAGAACUAGUGGCUCAGAUUUUGGCUUUAAGAAAGAAGUGCACUAUCACUGCAAUGAAGGAUAUAGCCUGCAAGGAGUGUCUACGCUUACCUGUCAGAGUGAUGGUACCUGGGAUUCAGAAGCUCCACACUGUGAGCCAGUCAUUUGUGGACCUCCUGAAGACAUCUCCCAUGGCUUUUUGAAUGGCUCAGGCUUUACCUAUAGGGAAUUUGCCCAGUAUGUGUGCUUCCCUGGGUAUGAGCUACAUGGCAAUCCUUUACGGCAAUGUUUGUCCAAUGGCUCCUGGAGUGGAAGCCUCCCAUCUUGCCUACCCUGUCUGUGUCCUACACCACAGAUUCAGAAUGGAGUCGUUCUUGGUACAGAUUUCAGCUGUGGGAAGAGCGCCCAGUUUCAGUGCCUGGAGGGCUUCAAACUGCUAGGGCCUUCUGAAGUCACCUGUGAGGCAGCUGGCAAGUGGAGUUCUGGGUUUCCUCGCUGUGGGCAGAUUUCCUGUGGCUCUCCACCCAUCAUCCCCAACACAUUUAUCAAUGGGAGCAGCUCUGCAGAUGAGAACACCAUCAUCUAUACCUGCUUGACAGGUUUUGUCAUGCGGGGGAGUCCAGAACUGACUUGUGUGGAGACUGGUGUCUGGAAGAAGCCAUACCCAAGCUGUGAGCUGUUAAGCUGUGGCCCACCACCUUCUGUCCCAAAUGCAGAGGUUCUUGGGAACACUUACACCUAUGGGAGCAAGGUCCAGUACAGAUGCCUGGAAGGCUACACAAUGGUGACAGAGGUGGAUGUAUGCAUUUGCCAGGAAGAUGGACAGUGGUCUCCUCAAAGUAUUUCCUGUUGCCCCAGAAAGUGUCCCCUCCCAGGAAAUAUCACCCAUGUAAUCGUACUUGGGGACAACUUCACUGUGAACACAAACAUCACUUUGUCAUGUGUAGAAGGCUAUACUCUGGUGGGAGCAAGCACAUCUACAUGCAAGGAGAAUGGCAUUUGGGUACCACCAUUUUCUGAUAACAUCUGCAUUCCUGUGUCCUGUGGGACCCCAGAGUCUCCAGAGCAUGGAUUUGUGGUUGGCACUAAAUACAAUUACAGAGACGUGGUUCUUUAUAAAUGUGAUUCUGGCUAUGAAUUACAAGGUGAUGCAGAACGGACUUGCCAAGAAGACAAGCUUUGGAGUGGCACAGUGCCAAUGUGCAGAAAGACCAGAUGCAAAGUUCCAGUUUCCUUGCUGAAUGGGAAGGCAAUUUAUGAAAACAAUACAGUUGGCAGUACAAUAGCAUAUUUCUGCGAGAGGGGAUACAGCUUGGAAGGGGAACCUGCAGCAGAGUGCAGAAGAGAUGGAAGAUGGAGUAAUCCCUUGCCUCUCUGUAAACCAAACCCUUGUCCUGUGCCUUUCAUAAUCCCAGAGAAUGCCCUUCUCUCCGAGGUGGAUUUUUAUGUUGGUCAGAACGUAUCCAUCAGGUGCAGGGAAGGCUACCAGCUGAAAGGGCAGUCUGUGAUCACCUGUAAUGCUGAUGAGACCUGGACUCCAGCAACAGCUAAGUGUGAAAAGAUAUCUUGCGGCCCCCCAGCUCACAUGGAGAAUGCUCUGAUUCGUGGUAGCUUCUAUCAGUAUGGAGACAUGAUCACCUAUUCAUGCUACAGUGGGUACAUGCUGGAGGGGCCCCUGCGGAGCAUUUGCUUAGAAAAUGGAACAUGGACAACACCACCUACCUGCAAAGCUGUCUGUCGAUUCCCGUGUCAGAAUGGUGGCGUCUGUGAGCGACCAAAUGCCUGCUCAUGUCCAGAUGGCUGGAUGGGUCGUCUCUGUGAAGAGCCCAUAUGCAUUCUGCCGUGUCUCAAUGGAGGUCGCUGUGUGGCCCCUUACCACUGUGACUGCCCUCCUGGAUGGACUGGAUCACGCUGCCAUAUGGCUGUUUGCCAGUUGCCUUGCUUAAAUGGUGGGAAGUGCAUACGACCGAAUCGGUGCUAUUGUCCCUCAUCGUGGACUGGACAUGACUGCUCUAGGAAACGGAAGGCUGGAUUCUAUCCCUUUUAACAUCAAAGCAGCAGUUCUACAUUCAGACAUCUUUCUUCAGCCUAGGCACCAGGGCUUGGAAUCUAAUGCAUCGUAAAUCAAAUCCAUUGCUUCCCUUCCCCCCCAGCUCCCUUAUUUUGUGUUUUAUUUUGUGAUACAUUUUUACUAUACCUUUCAAUUUUUAAAGAAAUCCUCUGUAUUUUUCAU